GUCAUUAUGCUUUAAAGUAGAAUUUGGCGUGAAAGAACACAAAAAUGUUGGGUACCCAUAUUUCGACAGGGCCUUUGGCCUAAAGGCAACAAGGCAAUCCCUGGCCAAAGGUCAUAGAGGCCCUCACACCAGGCGGAGGAAGCCACUGCUGGCCACAACAAACAAGCAGCAAACAAAAGACCGCAUGGUCGCACACCACAAGAUCUUUUGUUCGUUGUGCCUAUAUUUAGGUUUGUUUGGGCCUGGUGUAAAAAGAUCAGGAUGAGAAUUGUCUCUUCAUGAAGGUCUGGUGCAGCUGAAAAUAGGGAAAAAGAUAUAAAGUGUUGAAGAUAAGCCAGCCUGAGAAAGAUAAGUUCAGGGAGUAAGAGGUCACGAUGGAAGAGUCUGAAGACGGUUGUAAACUGCUGAAGGGCAAGAAGGACAAAUUUGGAGGGAUCACCUUAAUAACAAGGAAACUGGAUCAUCAAAGUGAUAAGGAGUUUGCUGACAGAUUAAAAGCGUCACUGGUUCACUGGCGCGAAUCAGGUGUAAGAGGGUUAUGGAUAGAAAUUGAAAAAGAAUCUUCGUCAUUAGUCCAUAUUUGUGUUGAGAAUGGGUUUGACUUCCACCAUGCACAACCAGGGUAUAUCCUGAUGAACCAGUGGUUGUCUGAGUCGGAGCCUAACUCUUUGCCAGGUUAUGCUAAUCAGUAUCUAGGAGCAGCUGGUAUGGCAGUUAAUGACAAAGGUCAAGUCCUAGUUGUCACUGAAAGAUUCUUCCAUAAGGUGCACUGGAAAUUACCAGGAGGGCAUUCAAAUGAUGGUGAAGAAAUAGGUGACGCUGCCAUUAGAGAAACAUUUGAGGAAACUGGCAUCCGUUGUAAAUUUGUGUCACUGCUGUCAUUUCGUCAUCAGCACAAUUACCGAUUUGGCACAUCCGAUCUCUACUUUAUUUGUCUGCUUGAGCCAAUCACAGAGGAGAUCAACAUGUGUGCAAUGGAGAUAGCCGAUUGCAAGUGGAUUGAUAUUGAUGAGUGGUAUCAUGAUGAAGAAACAUCUGCUGUGAACAAGUUUGUAAUAGAGGCUUAUAAAGAUUACAAGGCAAAUGGUUACUCUUUAUCCAAACAUGACGUAUUAAACUUUACAAAGAAGGGACACAAUCUGAUGUAUAGGGCAUCAGAGAUCAAGAACAAUGAGGCGAAUAAGUGUGAUGCACUGACCUGAUGAUUCAGUUACUAGUCACUUCAGUCUGUUAUUUGUUGGAGAUGAACUCCUAUGGUAAAAACAACACCUCUUAGUCUACCGAAUCUUGGUACCAGUAAACGUUGCAUAUUGAAAUCUUUUUAACCAGAUUUUCCAAGUUCAAUGUGUUGCUUUUAAUAUCCAACGGACAAAUAAUCUUCGUCUAGUUGAGUCCAAUAUUUGCAGGGUUUACUAUAAUGUAGUUAUUGUAUAGGCCAGAAUUGCAAUAGGAAUGACUCUUUGAAAUAUUCAGAGACUGGGGGUUGAAAUGUUUUUAUAGGUACAUGUAAUUGCAUAUCACCAGCAGUGCUAUGACUUGUCAAGAGUUCUGGGCUAAAUAUUUCCUCAUCUCAGGGAUGUGGCAUGUAAUUCCAUGUAAUUCCAUGUGAAAUUUGUGAUAAAAUUUAAUGCCAACAGGGUUUAUUGUGUACUCCCAUGCAUGGAAAUUUUAAAAAUUGUCCCCUGCCAAAAUAAUGGAAGUGGGUAUGAGAUUACUUUAUAGUCAUAGUAAUAAAAUCCUUUAUUUCAUCACUUUGAUUUUUACAUGCACAUGUAUAUUUAUUGAAUGAAUGUCAACUGAUCAUAUAUUAAUAAAAUGUAGUAAAAGAA